AUGUCAUCAGCUAAACCUAUAGAUACACCUUGUACUGCUAAUAUUUAUCUUACUAUUUUGUUUGCUCCUCAGACAGAUGAGGAGAAAAAGUAUAUGACUAGAGUUCCUUAUGUUAGUACAGUAGGGAGUUUAAUGUAUGUUAUGGUUUGUACAAGACCAGAUCUAACACAGGCAGUGAGUGUUGUGAGAAGAUUUAUGGUACAACUAGGGAAAGAGCAUCGAAAAUCUAUGAAGAGGAUAUUCAGGUAUCUACGGGGAACAUUUGAUGUUGGUUUCAUAUAUGGAGGUGAUACACAAUGCCUAAUUAUUGGUUAUUUAGAUUCUGAUUAUGUUGGAGAUGUUGAUAGUAGGAGAUCUAUGACUAGUUAUGUAUUUACUCUUAGGGGAUCGAUUUUUAGUUGGAAAGAGACUAUGCAACCUACUAUGACUUUGUCUACAACAAAAGCAGAGUACAUGGCAUUAACAGAAGCUGUUAAAAAGGGAAUAUGGCUGAAAGGACUAAUUAGUGAUUUGGGCCUACAUCAAGAUCAAGCAACUUUUUUCUGUGACAUUCUGAGUGUUAUAUGCUUAGCCAAAGAUCAAGUUCAUCAUGAAUGGACUAAGAAUAUUGACGUGCGGUAUCAUUUCCUAAGGACUGAGAAAAGGAUAAAGGUGAAAAAUGUAGGAAGUACUUACAAUCCUGUUGAUAUGUUCAUCAAGCCAGUUCCUCAUAGCAAGUUUCGACAUUAUUUGGAAUUGCUUAACGUUAGAAACUGUUAA